AUGGCAUGGUAUGUGAGUGUUAGUUACUAUUGCGCCGUUGGAAUGACUCCACUGGUGGGGAGUGGGAUGUUAGCACUUAGCAGUCUUGGUGCCAUGGUGGGUAAUCCGGAGUUGUGUGGACUGUGGAGGGACUGUGCCGAUCCGCACCCCCUCCUUCUGCCUAGCCUAAAAGUAGUGGACACACCAUGCAAGAAGGUUAUUGUCCGAAGUUUCAUCAUUGAGCGUUGCGCUAAUUGGUCAUUGAGACACCCGGGGGUUUGGGAUCACCGAAUGUUGUACCACAACAGAGCUAUUUCUUAUCUGCACAUAGAAAAUCAAUAUAUUGAGUAUGAGGAGCCCGGCUUUUUGCUUGAGCUGUGGGUGUGUGUGGGUUCGCGCGAUACGAAGCUGGAUGUUGCUGCAGUUGUUUAA